AUGGUGCUAAACGAUCUAGGUAAAAAAAUUAAUGAUGCCUUAUCAAAUUUAAACAAGGAUUAUCACUUUGAUAAAUAAUUGCUAAAUAAGGUACUAAAGGAUAUAUAAUUAGCUUUAUUACAAUCUGAUAUCAACGUAAAGUAUGUUAAAUAACUAUCUGAUAAUAUCCUUUAGAAAUGUAAUAAUAUAGAAGAAGCAGUAAAUAAAAAAAAACUAAUUUAAUAAUUGGUUGUAUAGGAAUUGACUAAGAUGCUUGAUCCUAAGAAGUAGCCAUUUUCUCUUAAAAGUGGUAAACCUAAUGUAGUUAUGUUUGUAGGUUUAUAAGGAGCUGGUAAAACGACAACGUGCGCAAAAUACGCUAACUACUGGAAGAAGAAAGGAUGGAGAACUUGUUUAAUUUGUGCAGAUACUUUUAGAGCAGGUGCAUUUGAUUAGCUUUAACAAAUCGCAACAAAAAUUAGAAUCCCAUUUUAUGGAAACAGGACUGAGACAGAUCCUGUGGCUAUUGCUAUUGAAGGAGUUAAGACUUUCUAAAAGCAAAAUUUCGAAGUUAUUAUAAUAGAUACUUCAGGUCGUCAUAUGCAAGAAAGUGAGCUUUUUGAUGAAAUGAAGUAAAUUUAUUCAGCGGUUUGCCCAAACGAAUGCAUAUUUGUUAUGGAUGGCUCAAAUGGCCAGGCUUGUUUAAAUCAAGCAUAGGCAUUCAAAAAAGCAGUAGAUGUAGGUAGUGUUAUCAUUACUAAACUUGAUGGGCAUUCUAAAGGUGGUGGUGCAUUAAGUGCUGUUGCAGCUACUGAAAGUCCUAUCAUUUUUCUAGGGACUGGAGAGCACUUUGAUGAUUUAGAGACUUUUAAAGCAGAGAGCUUUGUAAAAAGAUUGCUUGGCUUAGGAGAUUUUAAAGGUAUGAUUGAAACUGUGUCUGAGGUUAUUGAUCUUGAAAGCUAGUAGCAAAACAUAAAGCAAAUUGCAAAAGGUUAAUUUACUUUAAGAGCUUUAUAGUAAAAUUACAAGAGUAUAUUGAAGAUGGGUUCAUUAAAUUAGUUUAUGAGCAUGAUUCCUGGAAUGUAAAAUAUUAUUUAAGGCUAAAUCAGCGAAAAAGAACAAAUUAACAAGAUCAAGAAAUCUCUAACUAUUAUGGACAGCAUGAGUAAUGAUGAGUUAGACGGUAUAACUCAAAUUACCUAAAAAUAGCUUUUUCGCAUAUCCAAAGGAUCAGGAUAGCCAAUAGAAAAUGUUAAAUUACUUAUUGAUGAGCAGAAAACAUUUGCAAAGACUUUAAAAAAAAUUAUGCCAUCCAUGAAAGAUUCCGACUCAAAAACAAAAAGAAAUGCGAAGAAAGUUGAUGGAAUCAAUGAUUUAUUGCAAAAUUUGUUCAAAAAAUAAUGA